AGGUGCGCCUUUGACAGGUCGGCCCACCACACCCAUUAUCUGCGUAGCCUCGCCAGUUUCACGGAAAAUUCCCUUUCUCCCAACAGGAGACUGCGGGCUGGCAAUGUUCGCACUGUAAACAUACCCACAGAUUUCGUCCUUCCCUUCGGCUGGAAGCAUAUAACGGCUGGCCCGGUCGCUCCUGCCCAGACAACGCACACGUCCCGAUCGGGAAAGGGCCCCUUGCGCAUCGCGGCUCGCCUAUUCGCGGACAAGACCCUCCACGAGCGACACCAGAGAGCGUCCUGCGUCAUACGUCGGCAGCGAACAAUUUUCGCAGCACUGAUCGCAGCAGUCUUCUCACCAAUCCCCAUACCCGCCCGUGCAAGACUUGCAUUGCCCGACCAGCCAUGCAGAACAUCGCAGCCCUGGCCCAGGGCCCGCCUUUGACCGCCCACGAGGCUUUGUCUGGCGUCUUCGGCUCCGUGUCGCUUGCAUCGUGGAUCUUCCUGUUGGUACCCCAACUCAUAGAAAACUACAAACAGUCCUCCGCCGAAGGCAUCUCUCUCGCCUUUCUCACCGUUUGGUUCAUCGGCGACAUUACCAACCUCGCCGGCGCCAUCUGGGCCGGCCUAGUUCCCACCGUUAUCGCCCUCGCCGUCUACUUCUGCUUUGCCGAUCUCAUCCUCAUAGCGCAAUGCGUAUACUACAACAUGAAGAAUGCGCGGAAAUCGCGCAAGGAAUCCACCCGCACAAUCGAUUCCGUCGAGCAGCCACUGCUUGGCCGCCGAGACAGCAGUAACUUGGGCCUGCCGGGCAGCCAUAGGAGGAGGAGCUCCGCAAUAAGCACAAGAAGGCGGGCGAGCAGCCUGCCGAGCCUGGUGGAAGAGGAAGAGGGCGGGAGAGAGUGGGUCAAGAACACGCUUAGCAUACUCGGGGUAUGCGUCGUUGGUGCUGCUGGAUGGGCAAUCGCAUGGCGGACCGGCGUAUGGGUCCCGCAGCCUGACGACGAUGAUACUGCGGGAACGGACAUGGCACUUGGAGCACAGAUUCUAGGGUACGCGAGCGCCAUCUGCUAUCUGGGAGCACGCAUCCCCCAGAUUAUCAAGAACCAAAAGGAUCGGUCGUGUGAGGGACUGUCGCUGCUGUUCUUCAUGCUUUCCCUGCUGGGAAAUGCUACGUACGGCGCAGGGAUCCUCUUCCACUCCGUCGAGAAAGAGUACUUUCUCACUAACCUCCCUUGGCUUAUCGGCUCAUUGGGCACCAUGGUCGAGGACGUAACCAUCUUCAUCCAAUUCCGCGUUUUCGGCAAUGGAGAGCACAGCUCCGCUGUGGCUGCUUGAAGACGGAUGUCGAUGCAGCAGUCGCCAGAUUUAAUCACUGUAUAUGCCAUCACGAUAAAGUCUGUAUAUGAAAUGGGCGAAGGUAUAAAAGUUUGGUUCAUUUAAGUCAUGUUACUUGUACGCUUUGGUUUCGUUUGGUCUUUGAUACCCUGCAUUGGUGGAUCAAGUUCUUGUUGUUAGCUACCUUCUUAGGCGCGUCAUGAAGUAAUCUUGUGAAUACGCAGAUGACCUUUCGGACGGUUCACGAUGAGAACUAGGCAAUUGUCUCGUUCAUGUCAUAAUCGUGAUACAUCAAAUUUCCUAUAUACAAGGAAGCC